AUGCGAACAGUGCGCAUGUGCGGUGGCAGCCUCAAACAGCAAUGGCUAAUGCCACCGUGGGACUGCUGCCUGGCGCAUUCGGGACCGCAAAGUGUUCGCGUGCAGACGCUCAUCAUGGCAACGUUGGAACAAGAAUUUGUUGAUUUCUUCGCGGAGUGCAAGCAGCAGGGCUUUAGCGCCGCCGAGAUGCGUGCCAUAUGUCAGCCGUUGUUGCAACGUCGCAGCAACAGUUGUUCGGCGUUGGCAUGCGUUGUUUUGGCUAUCUUCGGUGCUUUGUGCUUGCUCUACAAUUGGUGCGAUGAAUUUAGUUGGUUUGUCAGUGCCAUUGGACGUCUGUUGUUGAUACAGGUGUUGCCCUAUUGGGAUUGGACACCAUUAUAUAAUAGCCGUUGUCUGAUUGAACGCAAAGUGGAUAAGGUGGACGGCGGUAGUGUGGCACCUACAACUAAAAUCCCAGAGCGCUACGAAACUGAAGCGGGAAAUUGUGUACUCUGCGAGACGUUGGAGCGCGUACCCACCACAACGAAUAUCACCUUCUCAACACUUGAAACAAUGUACCUCGAACGUGGUUGGCCAGUAAUAGUAACCGACUCGCAUCAACCCCGUACGCUAGACACGCUGCUCAAUCAAAUGUACAACUCCUCGUCGGAUUUCCUUGAAAGUGAUCCAUGCGAUGUCUCGACAAAUUUAAUGCUGAAAAAACUCUUUAACUUAGAAUUGGCUUUGGAGAAGAUUAAUCACACAAUACCGGCCCGCAACAAAUGGUUUCUACAAUUGCGUAAUUGUCAGCGGCGUGCUGUCAAGGCGUCACGUCGCUUCGUUACACGACCCUACUAUUACCCACUGCACCUCGAGCCCUUCUACUCGAGCUGGGUGCUGUUGUCGCAAAACUAUGCGUUCGAAAAGUUUAAUGAAAUCUAUUUACAUGGCUUGAUUUUCGUACAGCAACUGAGCGGUCAUUUUGACAUACGUUUGCGGCCGAAGCAACCCUGUCAAGAACGCUGUCCUGUGGUGAAUAUACGUUUGGGAGGUGGCGAAUGCUUGGUCUUCUCCACGGACUUGUGGAUCUUCGGCUACGGCACUGAGACGGUGGAAAGUAAAGCUGCUUCAGUAGCUACAGUGUUGGAAAUCGAUUGGCAGGUGUAGUGUGGACCUUAAAU